AUGAAGAGCAAACGCGCAAGAGAGACCGCCGAGGUCGACGAGAAGCCUGUCUCGAUUGACGUCGAAGCCCCUGCCAAAAAGCGCAAGCGCGAGGAUGAUGGCGCCGACGUGAAAAAGGCCAAGAAGGAGAAGCGAGACAAGAAAUUCAAGAAGGAAUCGCGCAAAGAACGCAAGGAGAAGCGCAAGGAUCUACAGGAUCUCCCCGAACAAGACGACGAUGUCGAAGAUGCCCAAGAUACCCCAAUGGCCGGCGCAGACGACAAGCCCGCCGAUACCACUGCAGAUACCGAAAAGUUUGCAAAGAAGGACAAGAAGAAGGAAAAGAAGGCCAAGGUCGAGGAGCCAAAGGACGCCAGUGCCGAUACCGAUGCCGAACCCAAGGACGAAUCUAAGAAAAACAAGAAAAAGAACAAGAAGCAAAAAUCCGCAGAGACAACCACAAAUGGCGAGUCUGCCGAGGCAGAAGCGACUGCUGAAAAGACCGACGGCAAAGCCGACCGUCAUAUUGUCUUUGUUGGCAACUUGCCCUUUACCGCCACCGCUGAAACCAUCAAAGCCCAUUUUGCCUCUUUGGACCCCGUGGGAGUCCGCUGCAUGAGCGAUCCCAAGGACUCAAAGCCCUGCCGUGGUUUUGCUUUUGUCGAAUUCGCCAAGGUCUGGCACAUGCGAACAUGUCUUGACAAGUUCCACCACUCCGAGUUUACGGAUGGUACAUCUUAUCCUCGUCGCAUCAACGUCGAGCUAACUGCUGGUGGAGGCGGAAAGACAAAGCAACGGCAGGAAAAGAUCAAGGAGAAGAACGUCAAACUAAACGAGAACCGCGCCAAGCGUAUCGAGCGGGAGAGAAUCGCAAAGGAGGAGAGCAGCAAGGCCAAUGCCGACAGACGUCCAGCAGGCGACGACGGCAUUCACCCCAGUCGACGUGCCCAUAUUCCUGGCAAGCGCUAA